ACGCCAACCUCUGAAAAGCUUUUCAACCCAUCCGCAAGCUCCCCAAGUGGCCUAUGGCUGACCUCACCUGAGGCAAUGUGGAGCUUGCUGGCCUUAGCUUGGGCUUGGGCCGAAGGGGCAGUGCCGGAUGUGCUCUGGAAGGAGCUCACGGAUCACGCGACCGGAAGGGUCUACUACCUGAACCAGCGGACCGGUGAGACAUCCUGGCGCCCGCCGGCGUGGGCGCUGCCGGUGGUGCAUGGCUCCUGCGAGAGCGCCUGUGAGGACACCACCUGUGAGGACUGGCUGAUCGAGAAGGCACUGACCUUUGUCACCGUAGAGCCCAAGCUCGCCAAGUGCGACCUGGCACACGUGGCGAUGCUCAAGGCAUGCCACGGAAGCUGUCAUCACUGUCUGGUGGCACACACUGCCUGCGCUCAGCCGGGCCCACUCUUCAGCUGUCAGGCUGCGCAUGGCGAGAUGCGAACUUGGGGGGAGGCGCAACUGAGCUGGUGCUGCCACAACCGCGGCGUGGGCUGCGGCUUGCACCAGAGCAUGCCGAAGCCAUACGAUUGCAUGGCAGGCGGUUUUCAGCUCUGGAGCGAGGCGAAGCAGUCCUGGUGCUGCGCGGAGGAGAACCGGGGCUGCAAGUACGACUGCCAUCAACAGCUCAGCACCUGGCAGCACACCUGGUCUCUCAAGAAGAGGGCCUGGUGUUGCGAGAAGGAGAAGUUGGGCUGCAUCAAGCCCAACAGCUUCGACUGCACCGAGGGUGCGCUGACAGCAGCUCACUGGAGUCAGGUGAAGCGCCACUACUGCUGCCACAUGGAAGGCGUAGGCUGCCAAGCUGACGCGCCAAAACCAUUGCCAUCUCCGGAGACAGGGUACUCCUGCACUGGCAGGCACUGGCCCCUGGAGAAAGCCAAGUGGUGCUGCCUAAACCGAAAGGUGGGCUGCACCUUGCUCUCCUCCACCUCCACCACCACCCCAAUGCCCGAGCUCUUCGAUUGCAAGGCGGGCGUGCGGAACUGGGAAGAGGGCUGGUCGCACCGGAAGAAGGUGUGGUGUUGCAGGGAGAAGCACCUGGGCUGCAGCUUCGACUGCCGCGACAACCUUCAAACUUGGCAGGUGAGUUGGUCGGCCUCACAGAAGACCUUCUGCUGCGCCAUGUUCCGCCUCGGCUGCGUCACUUUGGGCCAGCUGCCUCUUCCGCCCCAGCCCAAGCCGGGACACUGGGACUGCGAGAGGCACGGAGAUUGGUCGCUGCCGCAACAGGAGUGGUGUUGCAGGAACCGCGGCGUGGGCUGCGACGUGCAUCACGUGCACGUGUCCCACUCUUUCCACGUGCACGUGGUGCACGUUGAUGCGCCCCCGCACCUCCACUUGGAUGCUCCUCACGUGCACUUCCACGUGGACGCCCCUCACGAGCCCUUCCACUCACAGGAGGGAUUCAACUUCGACUGCACUACGGACUCCACGCUUUGGCCGCCCAAGCAGCGCCGCCUCUGCUGCCGGGAUUACCAAGUCGGAUGCUCGGGCGCGGAGCACUUUCACGAGGUACACCACUUGGAUGGCUUCGACUGCCACUCAGGCGAGCCGGCGGACUGGUCCCAACAGCAGCGCCAGAUCUGCUGCCUGCAGGGUAUCGGCUGCGGCGUCCAGAGCAUUGUGACCGACGAGCACGAGCACUUCCAGUGCGAUUCCUACGACGAGACUUGGGAGCAGUGGUCGCAGAAGCAGAAGCGGCUGUGCUGCAGCGACUAUGGCAUUGGCUGCACCGGCUGGCGGGCUCUGCACCGUGACGACAGCGACCGCCCCCGAAGCCAAGUUCCGGCACCACCUCCGGUGGUGGCGGCGGGGACCUUCGACUGCAACUCAGGGGAACUGGCGGACCUGUGGCCUGUGAAGAAACGCGCCUGGUGCUGCCGCUUCGAAUCCAAGGGCUGCUCUGAUGCGCGAUCCCCGCGCUAUGAUUGUCGACCAGACACCGGCGCUGCCUGGUCAAAGGAGCAUAGCCGCUGGUGCUGCGAGGUGAAGAACGUGGGCUGCGGCGCCAUGCCGCUGCGCUACGACUGCGCCAGCAAGGUGGACGAGUGGCACCAGGCCUGGUCGGCCGACAAGAAGCGGUUCUGUUGCGAUCACGUGAAGGUGGGCUGCCCGAAAGACCGGCCCUGGCUCGAUGCGCUGCUGCAACCUGAGGCCAGGCGGCCGAGCCCGCAAUCAGCCCACGCCGUGCACAGCGCUGCGAACCACGAGAGUUCGAGCCCGUCCUUUGACUGCAAGACGGGAGUUGAGCACUGGAAGGAGGGGUGGUCUGCAAAGAAGUCACGCUGGUGCUGCGCCCACUACGGCUUCGGGUGUCCCUUCGACUGCGGGUCUCCGAACCGCACGGCCUGGGAUCGCGCGCGCUCGCAGUGGUGCUGCGAGCACCAACAAGCCGGCUGCGACUUAGCGGCCAAGUUCCUCCUGCAGCACGUGGACCUCGACCGAGGCUCCAACACCUUCAGCCUGAGCCUGGUUGCUUGCGCCUUCCUGGCUCUGGCACUUUGGGUGCUCAGAGUCACACGGGCGCCUCGUGAGGCGCGAUGCUCCGAGCUCCUGGAGUGAUGCUUCUCCGAGCAAAAGUUGGGCGCCAGUCUAGCCCCUCGUUGCAGCCAAAGGAGCUGAGCGAAAUUCAGCGGGGUUUGCCGGAAUCCACCGGAUCUGAGUGUUUCGUUUCGUGAAUGGAAGUCUCGGCCCGUAGGGGGGUCGCUACCCAAAGAUGUUGGGUCAUGUUGACCCGGAUUAGAUGAGUACGGGGUGCUUCCAGCGCAACCUUGACA